AAAAAACUCAAUUCUAAAAGGCAGCGAUGAUGUUUUCUGCUCUCUAGAGGCAACUACUUUAAACUCUGAUUCUCACAUUACUUUCAUAUCAUAAAUAGCUUGCUUUAUUUUUCUGUUUUGGUAUUUCAGUUUUAGGCAUCGUGUAGAAUGGAAACUAUAGAGUUAGCUUUCUCUUCUGUGGACAGAUGUAAUCGUGCCAUCUACUAUAGUUUUUUUUUUUUUUUUUUUUUUGAGACAGGAGUCUUGCUCUAUCACCUAGGCUGGAAUAGUGGCAUGAUCUUGGCUCACUGCAACCCCCGCCUCCCAGGUUCAAGCAGUCCUCCUGCCUCAGCUUCCCAAAUAUCUGGGAUUACAGGCGUAUGCCACCACACCCAGCUAAUUUUUGUAUUUUUAGUAGAGAUGGCGUUUUGCCAUUGUUAGCCGGGCUGGUCUAAAACUCCUGGGCUUAGGUGAUGCACCCACCUUGGCCUCCCAAAGUGCUGGGAUUACAGGUGUGAGCCACUGCACCCGGCCUAUAGUUCUAAUAGUUAUUUUUCUGUUGUCAUGAUUCUAUUUAUCUAUUAUUUGAUUGAGUUCUAUUAUAGUUAAAAUUUAGGUUAGAUCUGUAUUUUGCCUUACGGCUAUUCACAACUAGGCCAUGUAGUUUAUUUACUAUUAUUACUUCCUGCAUUAUUAUUAUUUUUUUUUUUUGAGAUGAAGUCUCGCUCUGUUGCACCAUCUCGGCUCACUGCAACCUCCGCCUCCCAGGUUCAAGCAAUUCUGUCUCAGCCUCCCUAGUAGCUGAGACUUCAGGCACACACCGCCAAGCCCAGCUAAUUUUUUUUUGUAUUUUAGUGGAGACGGGGUUCACCGUGUUGCCUAGGCUGGUUGCGAACUCCUGAGCUCAGGCAGUCUGCCCACCUCGGCCUCCCAAAGUGCUGGGAUUAUUUAUAGGUGUGAGCCAUCGUGCCCGGCCUCCUGCAUAACUUUUUUAAUGGAGUUUUCCAUUUCUUUUUUGUACUUGUCACUGAUUUGUCCCCAUAUUCUCCUUCAUUUGUGCCAACUUCCUUUUAGUUUGUUCAGACACUUUGGGCAUCUUCUUAGAGAUAUCUUCAUGUUCCGUUAGGAUUGGAUUACUCUCAAGGUUUGCUGCAUACCUCUUGGGUUGAUGUAUCUUUUCAUUGUCUCAUUGUGUGUUAAUUUCCUGACUUCUUUCUUGAUUUGUCACCUUUAAGUGCUUUUCUGGAAAAAUGUGUGUGAGAGAUAAAUUUCUGGUUGUAUACUCCAUUGAUAGGUUGAUUGGGUACAGAAUUCUAGAUUGGGAAUGAUUUUUCCUUAGGACUAGGAAGGCAUUGACCUAUUGUUUUCUGUGUUCCAUAUGUUGAGAAAUGUAAUCCUAUUCCAGUUUUUCUUAAUGUAUCUGUUCCUUCUCACCUUCAACCCAGACCUCUUAGGAUCUUUUCUAUAUAAUGUUUUGAAAUUUUCCCAAUGUUGUGUCUUGAGUGAGUCACCUAUUGUGCUGCGCAGUUUGGAAUUUUAUGUAUGGAAAGUUCCUCAGUUCUGGAAAAUAUUCUUGCAUUAUAUAUGCAAGAUAUUAAGAGGGGAAAGAGGAUGGAAAUCCCAACCCUCUUUUUUUUCUGAAAAAUCGUUAUUUGGAUGGUGGACUUCCUGAAUUUAUCUCCUAAUGGUCUUAUAUUUACUCUUCUAUUUUGUAUUUUCUUCCUUCUCUGAGAUGCUCUCAACUUUAUUUUCUAAUCUAUUUAAAAUAGCUUCUUUUCUUCUAUAUUUUUAAUGUCCAGAGGGGUUGGGGUUUUUUGUUGCUGACUAUUCCUUUAUUUUGAUGUCUUUCAUAUUAAAGACUUUCUCAAAUUCUUGGUGGUCUGCUCGUCUUUAAGAGUGGGACCCUAGGCUUGGUACAGUGGCUCAUACCUAUAAUCCCUGCACUUUGGGAGGCGGAGGCAGGCAGAUCAUUGAGGCCAGGAGUUCAAGACCAGCCUGGCCAACAUGGCAAAACCCUGUCUCUACUAAAAAUAGAAAAAUUAGCUGAGUAUGAUGGUACACACCUGUAAUCCCAGCUACUGGGGAGGCUGACGCAUAAGAAUCACCUGAACCCAAGAGGCGGAGGUUGCAGUGAGCAGAGAUCAUGCCACUGCACUCCAACCUGGGUGACAGCAAGACUGUCUCAAAAAGAAAAAAAACGUGGGACCCUAAAAAACUAAUUGAAAGGUCUGUUUGUAGGGGAUGAAUGGGGAUUAAUAAUAUGUGUUUCAAUCUGUGAUCUGGCUGGGCUGUUAUAUUGGGAAAUCCAUGAUACUGAUAUUUUUAGAUUUUUUUUCUUUUACAUAGGUAAGAUUCCCUUGAGAAGGCUUGUAUAUUCUCUUACUCAAGGAUGUAAGCCAGGCAAUCAACUAACUGUAGAGGAGGGAAAGAAGUUUUACAGGCUCAACUUUCAGUGCAUAAAACUUAAUCUCUCCAUUUUCAGUAAGGUGCCCCAGCUUUUAAUUGUGCCUUAUUGAUCUCCAGUUCAUAUACUAUGCAUUUAUCCUCUUAUAUCUUGUACCAGCUUUGCGGAGGGACAGUUCCUUGGUUACAUAGAAAGGAAAAGGAUACAGGGAUCUAUUUGCUUUUUAUGCAGUCUUUAAAUCUAUCCAUUUUAGCCCCAUUCUUACCUCCACCUUCAGUUACCUGGUGUCACCAGUUCAACUUGAGCUUUCUGAGAGUUCUGUGAUGUUAAUUCUGCUUUCUAUUGCUAGUUUUGGGAUUCAUCUUCAUUACCUCUCAUCUAAAGGCUACUUUCCAAAAUGUUGUGUCUGAUACUCUGUUCUCAUGGGUUCUUUUAAAUAUUGGUAUCCUUUACUAUUAAAAUAUUUUAGUAAGCUUUCAGAAGGGAAUAGAGGCUAUUUCCAUAUAUUCUCUCUUUAACUGGUAAUCUGCAAAUCUUUUUUUUUCAGGCUAAAAAGACUCCGUCAGACACAGGAAUUUUGCAGGUCUUCCUCUUUUCAUAUUCUUUGUUUUCAGCACACAGUGAGGAAACAAGAGAAAACGGGAUAAAUGUUUUUAAAACUUUCUUUUAUUAUUAUUGUUACACCAGGCCCUGUGGCUGACUUCUAAAAUCCCAGUGACUUGAGAUGCUGAGGUAGGAGGAUCACUUGAGCCCUGGAGUUGAAGACUGCAAUUGAGCUAAGACUGCCCAAUUGUACUCCAGCCUGGGUGACAGCAAUACACCAUUUCCAAAAACAACAAACUUUUAAAAAAUUAUAUGAAGCCUAAUCCUGUGAUGUCAUGAUUCAAAACUAUACACAUAAACAUUUUAAGAAUUUUUUCCUUGAUUUUUGUUCUUGACUUUGCUUCUUUAAAAGAAAUGUGUUUUGCUUUGUUUUUUUGUUUUGUUUUUGAGAUGGAGUCUUGCUCUGUCACCCAGGCUGGAGUGCAGUGGCUCCAUCUAGGCUCACUGCAACCUCCAUCUGCUUGGUAGCUGCGAUGACAGGCACCCGCCAUCAUGCCCAGCUAAUUUUUGUAUUUUUAGUAGAGACGGGGUUUCACCAUGUUGGCCAGGCUGGUCUUGAACUCCUGACCUCAGGUGAUCCACCCCCCCCCCCAGCCUCCUAAAGUGCUGGGAUUACAGGUAUGAGUCACCAUGCCUGGCCUUGAGUAACAUUUUAUACUUGAUUUACUUUGUUGCUAUUAUCAUAAUAGUUACGCUGAGUGCCUGUAUGCGGCCCAGUCUUAAGGACUUCAUACACACACACACACACACACACGUAUGUAUUUUUUUCCUAGAGAAUCAUGCUGUUGCCUAGGCUGGAGUGCAAUAGUACCAUCAUAGCUCACCAACGUCUAACUCCCAGACUGAAACUCCUCAGCCUCCCAAGAAGCUAGGGCUACAGGGACGCAUCACCAAGCCCAACUGAUUCCUAAAUUUUUUUUUUUUUUAGACCGAGUUUUGCUCUUGUUGCCCAGGCUGGGUGCACUGGCGCCAUCUUGGCUUAUCGCAACCUCCACCUCCCGGGUUCAAGCGAUUCUCCUGCCCCACCCUCCCGAGUAGCUGGAUUACAGGUGUGCACCAACACUCCCAGCUAGUUUUUUGUACUUUUAGUAGAGAUGAGGUUUCACUAUGUUGGCCAGGUUGGUCUUGAACUCCUGGCUUCAAGCCAUUCUCCUGCCUUGCCUUCCCAAAGUGCUGGAAUUACAGGCACGAGCCACUGCGCCCGGCUAGUACUGGAGAAUGUAUGGAGAUGAUCUUGCCUAUGCCUUGAGCUCCAGUUUAGUUUAUCGUCAGAGAAUACCUAUUUCAGUUUUUCCUAUUUGGUUCUCAAGUCUGUUUCCUCAGAAUUUACUUUUCUGUACGCCGCUUUUAAAUUUGCAUUGUAAAAUUUACUUUGGCUCUCCCCGCUUGUAAAAAUGAAAGUCUGUAGAAGAACUAAGCUAAGCAGAUGGUCUUCCUCCAAAAAGAUUGGGCUGAACUAAAGCACUGUUUUGGAGCCGGUUCACAGACAAAAAGCAAAAUUGGUUAUCCUGACUUUACCUCAAGUUCCAAAAUAAACUGCUUUCUUUCUCUGGGAAACUUCCCACGCCACACACACAAUGCGUGGCCAGUCAUUUCGAUGCCUCUCGCUCCCUACACGGAGUUCCUCUCAUUCUUCACAGCUCUCAGCAGCUGCUGCUAGUUUCUCGGCUCCAACACCACGGGUACCGCACGCUGAAGUUUACAAAACACUCUGCAGCACCCACUAACUGUGAUCUUCACAGUCCUGUCGCAGGCUGGUGGCCUCAAGCAGGUAGCGGUGCAGCCUUUCAGGUCCAGCGCGACCCGGAGCGAUGCCCGCAGCCCCGCCUGGAAGCGCAGCGCGGUCGGUCGCGCGCACCCUCGGCGUGGAGGCCUCGGCUCCGCCCGGCAGUGGACGAGCACGGCCUAGCCGAGCCGCACACACCGGAUGCCACUUCAUAUUUGGGCCCAGAGCUCAAUUCACGCCGACGCAGUCCGCCGUCCUUAAAUCUCUUCAGCCAGGAUCUCUCCCCGACUGCAAAGCAACCCUGGGCCGGAGCGGCAACCUCGCACCGUCAGUCUUUUGGAGCAGCCGAUCCUCCGAGGGGUGGGACACGGUAACGCGCGCUGUCCUGCUUUACGGCACGGGUGCGCGCGUUUGCGGCAGCAAGUUUUGGCGGGAAAAGCGCUGCAUUUGGAUUCCUGCAGUGGUGGGCAAAGGACAGCCCGGUGACGAAGGGCGGCCGGUAGGCCAAGGUGCUCCGUGGAGUCAUGGCAGUGCCCUUUGUGGAAGACUGGGACUUGGUGCAAACCCUGGGAGAAGGUGCCUAUGGAGAAGUUCAACUUGCUGUGAAUAGAAUAACUGAAGAAGCGGUCGCAGUGAAGAUUGUAGAUAUGAAGCGGGCCGUAGACUGUCCAGAAAAUAUUAAGAAAGAGAUCUGUAUCAAUAAAAUGCUAAAUCAUGAAAACGUUGUAAAAUUCUAUGGUCACAGGAGAGAAGGCAAUAUCCAGUAUUUAUUUCUGGAGUACUGUAGUGGAGGAGAGCUUUUUGACAGAAUAGAGCCGGAUAUAGGCAUGCCUGAACAAGAUGCUCAGAGGUUCUUCCAUCAACUCAUGGCAGGGGUGGUUUAUCUGCAUGGUAUUGGAAUAACUCACAGGGAUAUUAAACCAGAAAAUCUUCUAUUGGAUGAAAGGGAUAACCUCAAAAUCUCAGACUUUGGCUUGGCAACAGUGUUUCGGUAUAAUAAUCGUGAGCGUUUGUUGAACAAGAUGUGUGGUACUUUACCAUAUGUUGCUCCAGAACUUCUGAAGAAAAGAGAAUUUCAUGCAGAACCAGUUGAUGUUUGGUCCUGUGGAAUAGUACUUACUGCAAUGCUCGCUGGAGAAUUGCCAUGGGACCAACCCAGUGACAACUGUCAGGAAUAUUCUGACUGGAAAGAAAAAAAAACAUACCUCAACCCUUGGAAAAAACUUGAUUCUGCUCCUCUAGCUCUGCUGCAUAAAAUCCUAGUUGAGAAUCCAUCAGCAAGAAUUACCAUUCCAGACAUCAAAAAAGAUAGAUGGUAUAACAAACUCCUUAAGAAAGGGGCAAAAAGGCCCCGAGUCACUUCAGGUGGUAUGUCAGAGUCUCCCAGUGGCUUCUCUAAGCACAUUCAAUCCAAUUUGGACUUCUCUCCAGUAAACAGUGCUUCUUGUGAAGAAAAUGUGAAGUACUCUAGUUCUCAGCCAGAACCACGUACAGGUCAUUCCUUAUGGGAUACCAGUCCCUCAUACAUUGAUAAAUUGGUACAAGGGAUCAGCUUUUCCCAGCCCACAUGUCCUGAUCAUAUGCUUCUGAAUAGUCAGUUACUUGGCACCCCAGGAUCUUCACAGAACCCCUGGCAGCGGUUGGUCAAAAGAAUGACACGAUUCUUUACCAAAUUGGAUGCAGACAAAUCUUAUCAAAGCCUGAAAGAGACUUGUGAGAAGUUGGGCUAUCAGUGGAAGAAGAGUUGUAUGAAUCAGGUUACUAUAUCAACAACUGAUAGGAGAAACAAUAAACUCAUUUUCAAAGUGAAUUUGUUAGAAAUGGAUGAUAAGAUACUGGUUGACUUCCGGCUUUCUAAGGGUGAUGGAUUGGAAUUCAAGAGACACUUCCUGAAGAUUAAAGGGAAGCUGAUUGAUAUUGUGAGCAGCCAGAAGGUUUGGCUUCCUGCCACAUGAUCCGACAUUGGCUCUGGGGAAUCCUGGUGAAUAUAGUGCUGCUAUAUUGACAUUAUUCUUCCUAGAGAAGGUUAACCUAUUCUGCAAACUGCAAACAAUAGUUCCUGAAGUAUUCACUUCCCUCUUUAUCCAAACAUCUUCCAAUUCAUUUUGUUUAUUCUGCAUACAAAUAAUACCUAUAUCUUAAUUGUAAGGAAAACUUUGGGGAAAGGAUGAAUAGAAUUCAUUAGAUUAUUUCUUCAUGUGUAUUUACUAUCUGAAUUUGAAAUUCAUCUGGUGGAAACCAAGUUUCAGGGGACAUGAAUUUUCCAGCUUUUAUAUACACAUUUCCCAUUUUUAUCAAAACAUUUUGUUUAAUCCAAAAAGUACAUAUUUCUUCCAUGUUGACUUAAUUAUAAGAUGAACCAAUAAAGAUAUAAACCUUGUGA